AAUUGGUCCACUAAUUCAUAAUGCUAGAUUCUUUCAUGCAAAUCAGACAUCAAACAAAGGAACAAAGACCCACUUACCUUUAUAUAUGUAUAAUAUAUGCAGAGAUUGAAUAUUAUAUUUUAAAAAAUAAUUAUAUGAAUCAUCUAGAUGAUUUUCUGAUCAAUUUUUCUAAGGUUUUUUCAUGACUAUGAAUACCGUAGUUGAGUUCAUCCAAAUGUGAAGUAGAAAAUAAGGAAGUUCUCAAUUGUUUGAGUUUUCUGGGAAAAAAACAGAGAGAAAAUUUUGGGUUUUUCUGGGUUUUUUAAGGCAAACAAAAAGAAGAGCUUGAAACAGUGAAAAUGGCGACGAGAACAGUUGAUCUUCGAUCUGAUACAGUCACUAAACCGACUGAAGCAAUGAGGGCUGCAAUGGCUACUGCCGAAGUUGAUGAUGAUGUCUUCGGAGCUGAUCCAACCGCCGUUAAGUUACAAUCAGAAGUGGCGAAGAUGAUGGGCAAGGAAGCCGGUCUAUUUGUCCCGUCAGGCACCAUGGGUAACCUAAUUAGUGUUUUGGUUCAUUGUGAUGUAAGGGGAAGUGAAGUCAUUCUCGGAAACAAUUCCCAUAUACAUAUCUAUGAGAACGGUGGGAUAGCGACAAUCGGAGGUGUACAUCCGAGGCCAGUGAAGAACAAUGAAGAUGGAACGAUGGACAUCGAUUUGAUCGAAGAUGCCAUUAGAGACCCAAGAGGAGAGCUUGUGUACCCGACUACAAGACUGAUUUGCCUGGAGAAUUCACACGGGAACACCGGGGGUCGAUGCUUACCUGUGGAGUACAUAGACAGAGUUGGUGAGCUAGCUAAGAAGCAUGGUUUGAAGCUUCACAUCGAUGGGGCUCGUAUUUUCAAUGCAUCUGUGGCACUCGGAAUUCCUGUUGAUAGGCUUGUACAAGCUGCUGAUUCAGUCUCGGUAUGUCUAUCGAAAGGUAUUGGUGCUCCGGUUGGAUCAGUCAUUGUUGGUUCCGAAACCUUUAUUACCAAGGCUAGAAGACUUCGGAAAACCCUAGGGGGUGGGAUGAGACAGGUCGGUGUCAUUUGUGCAGCUGCAUUGGUUGCUUUGCAAGAGAAUCUGGUAAAGCUUGAAGGUGAUCACAAGAACGCAAAGGUGUUAGCAGAGGGACUAAAUCAAAUUAAAGGUCUAAGAGUGAAUGUUGCUGCAGUGGAAACUAAUAUUAUAUUUUUUGACAUAGUGGAGGGAUCAAAAAUCUCAGGGGAGAAACUAUACAAGCAUUUAGUGGAACGCGGUGUAUUUGUGAUGCUUGAGGGUCCAUCCAGGAUGAGAAUUGUUCUUCACCACCAAAUUUCAUCAAGUGAUGUGCAGUACACUUUGUCAUGCUUUCAGCAAGCUUUCAGUGGAUUGCAAGAAGAAAAUGGCAACUAAGAAAUUGGUGGAUUUAUUAUAAAUAAUGUAAAAAUACAAUAAAAUACAAUCUUCUUAUUGGUUGUGGAUGGAUAAUUGGUGUAUUCAUAUCAUAUUUCGUGUAUCCAUAUCAAGAAAAAAUGAAAACUCGAAGGGAAAAUAUGAUAAUAAAAUACGGUAAUUGUCAAUUUUAUGUUUAAA